UGCUGUCAGCUUGGUGUUUACAUGAUUUUUCUGUGCAUGGUUCUUCACAAGUUCACCAUUUGGUGUGAUAACGUUCCACAAUGGAUGAUUCUAAUUCCAAAGAAGCAAUGAGCACCAGCCAGAAGUUCCCCAUGUCGCCUGGGCCGCCGUAUGACACAUCCAUCCAGGACAACUCCAUCAGCCUCACCCAGUACCACGAGUACCCCUCCACUCAUCCCUUCAUCAACACAGAGUUCCGGAGAGCAGCGGGAAAACUCUCAUCAUCAUACCCUGAGAAUAACCGCGAUGCGGUAGUCUCGGCUCUACGGAAUCUUCAGGAGAAGGUCCAGAAACUGGAGCUGGAGCGGUCAGCUGCGGAGAACAACCUGAAGUCCCUGGCAUCGGAGACGUCCCGCUACAAGGACAUGCUGCAGGGGGAGCAGGAAACCAAGGACGCCACCACCAUCCUCGUCUCCAGACAGACCAAGGAGUUGGGGUCACAGUUGUCGGCCGCAGAGACAAAGUGUGACGUCCUGGAGAAACAGCUGGACUACAUGAGGAAGAUGGUGCACAACGUGGAGCGUGACCGCCUGGACACUGUCGCCCGCAACGUUGUUGUGGAGCAGCAGAGGGAGGAGGUGCUGCCCAGGAAGUUCAAGAUACAGGCGGAACGCAUCUCCGAGCUGGAGAGAGAACACCUCAAGCUGACUGCCACGCAGAACCUAGCAGAGUCCAAGAUACGAGAACUGGAAGAUAAACUAAGGGAUGAAAGGUUGAACAGAAGGAUGACACAACAGAGAGCUGCAGAGCGGGAAACAGAAGCUGCAGCUCAGAGAGUGUACCUAGCUGCCGAGUCCAAUGGCCGACCGCCGGUCAAAGCCAAGAAACCAACCAAGAAGAAGAAGAAGAAAGUAGUCCCGAAGAAGACGAGCAACAACACCACGAGGAAGGCUGAACCCUCCAAGCACUACAGGCUAAACCUAGCAGAGAUUCCCUUUGUGGCUGGGAGGGCAACUACCCCCAGUCAUUCGGUAGGAGCCAAUGUCCAAAGAGUUCUGGCAUGGAUGAAGACGCACAGCACUGCCUUGUGCUCAGAACACUACCAGAACGGUGAUAUCCCCAGAACAGAGAGCGCCUCCUCCAGCUCCAGCAGCAACAGCCUUGACAACGACCUCUCCGACAUCCUACUAGCGCUGCAGGAUGAGUUUGGGCAGCUCAGCUGUGAGCACCAGGAGCUGGUCAAGCAGAUCAAUGAGGUGGCUGACCACCGGGCAAGAGAAGACAUGGAGAGGGAGUUAGACAGUCUCAUUGUCAAGAUGGACGUAAAAGGGCAGCAAAUAUCAAAAGUCAGACAGCAUCAACAGAAGGUUGAAGAUAUGAAACGAAAAAUAAAGACAAAAAAAUCUAAAGAUGCUCCUCCUCCAACACGUCCUCAGUCAGCCAUGGCCAGUUUUCCCGCUAGGAGAACCUGUGACAGUUCACAUUCCAAUUCCAAACCAAAAACUCAAUGCUGUACAAGUCAAGCAUCACGGCAACACACUGCCAGUUCCCGGCAAGUUUCACUGGACGUUCUCAAAGACAUGAAAAAAUUACAAACAACAUUACGGAAAGACGACCUAUGCUGGGAAUGAGUCGAUGGUGCCAUUGUGAUAUUAUAACUAAUUGUACAGACAAACCUAUGGAAUAUUUAUUUAUGUAUAUACAGUGGUCACAACAGAGGCUUUUGCCACCAUCUUUUAACCACAGUUGCUACAAGGAAAUCUCAAGAGGAAGGCUGUGUUAUUUUGUUAUCUUGUUUUUGUCUUGUUUCUGUAUGUUUGGAGCCAAUCAGAUCUGUGUUCUUGAGGUUUUUUUACGAACGAAGAAUUUAUUUUAAAAGAAUAUAUAGAAUAACGUUGUGCAUGUCAACAUACAAAUCAAACCAUUUUUAAGAAAGCAUAUUUUCAAUCACACAUGACCUGAUAUUUAUUAUUUCCAUGGUAUUAAUUCACAGUAAAUAACACAAAUUGUUCUGGUGGGAAAACCUUAGUCCAUCAAUUUAAAUGAAAUGAAGAUCUAAAAAUGAACAUGAAAUUUGAACUUUUCAGUAUUAUUUGAAUAUGAGAUUGAAAGUAUUUUAAUUAUCACUUUAUGCACAUAUUUCAUAAUAUAAAUUUAGCAAGUUAAUAUUCAAAAGAUGUCAAUCUUGUCAAGGUGGCUAUAGAAUCUUGUUUGAGUGGCAUUUAGAAGUUGGUGUGCUGAACAACAAGGAGAGUUCUAUGAAUAUACAACUUCUUUAAUAUAA